AUUAAUCCCUCUGUCUCUGGUUCUCUUCGUUUGAUAUCCUGGAACUAGAGAAAGCUCCAUGGGGACGAGAAUGGCUGAUCUAUGUCACUUGGAGAAGAUGGGCAGGGAGCUCAAGUGCCCUAUCUGCUUGAGCCUCUUGAAAUCAUCUGUUUCCCUUCCGUGCAAUCAUGUCUUCUGCAAUUUAUGCAUCAUGGAAUCAAUGAAAUCAGUGUCGGAUUGCCCGGUAUGCAAGGUGCCCUUUCACCGGAGAGAGGUGCGCCCUACUCCUCACAUGGAUAAUUUGGUAAGCAUUUACAAGGGCAUGGAAGUUGCUGCUGGAGUCAACAUAUUUACGACACAAAUUGGGCCUAUGGUAAAAAAGUCAGAUGCUCAACUCCCAGAUAAUGUAGAGGGAAGUUGUGAUGCUGCAAAAACCUCAAUAGCAACACAUCAAAAAUCAAAGCGAUAUAGAUUAUCAAAGAAAAAGAAGGAGUUGAACAAAGCUGAUGCUGGAUCUAAUUCUAGUUCCUCAAUGAUGCCUUCUUUCCCAGCUAAAAAGCGGGUACAUGUGACUCCAUACCCUCCCACAGAAACCCCAAUAAGACCUCAAAGGGUUAUUAAGUCAGCCAAUCCAAGCACUCAAUCUGAGGCCAUUCAAAUUUUCAAUAAAAACAAUGAUAAUCACAAGCCGAGUGAUCCUGUGUUUUCUCCCUUCUUUUGGCUGAGGGAAAGAAAUGAGGGUGUUGAUGAUGAUGAUUCAGACAAACAUACUACUCAGCAUACUGCUGAUGUGUCUCCAUUUAAUGUUCUUCCCUGUUUUAGUGAUAUUAAAGAUUCGGACGAUGAGGAUCAAAUGAAAAAUACUCCACUAAGCAAACUCGAUGCUCCUGGACUUUAUGAUAGUGAAAUGUUUGAAUGGACCCAGAGAGCUUGUUCUCCUGAACUUUGUUCAACUCCACUAAAAGAUCAGAUAUGUAUGGAUAGCCUAGAUGGCAUUGAAGAUAAGGAACACCAGAAAUAUUUGCCAGUUGGAAAAAGCGGGGAAAUUCUUGCAGUUGGUGCAAAAAGGAAAUGUCUUAAGAAGAAAAGAAGCAAUGCCAAAAAGAAAAAAAAGAAUGCAAAUGAAAUACGUAUCAGUAUUUCAGAGGCUGCUAGCCACCUGCUCCCUGUGGAUUCUUUGGAUAUAGCAAAAAACUCCAGUUCUGAGGAUUUGGAGAACAAUAAAUUUCUGAAUCAAGGUAAGAAAGCAUGCAAGAAGCUCAGCAAGGAAUCUAGUAAUUAUAAUAAGAAGCAUACUAUGAAAUCAGGGAAGAAGCAGGCUGCUGAACAACCUCUUCCCAUUAUUGCUGAAGUUAAACAUCAUAGCAUAGGAAAUGAAACAAGUGAGUUAUUGCAUGCAUCAUCAAUUCUUGAGACUGAAAAUGAUCAAGCAGGAGGAAAGGAGAAUGACCCCAGCAGUGCGAAGCAGAAAGCUAAGAUUCGAUCACAAAGGAAAAAUAUGAAGUCAUCUAAACUUCCUGUAAUGGAGGCACCUGAUUUACUUCCUUCAAAAGGUGACACUGGGGAAGCAUUCAAAGAUGAAGAUAAUCAGGAAGCAAAUGCAAAUCUGCUAGCUUUUCCAAAUAACCAUGGUGAGAAUGGUGAAGCUAUUCGCAAGAGAAAACCUGAAAGGGUAAAAGAGAUCCAGCAGGAAGGGAAGAUGAAAAAACCACGAAGAGUAGAUCAUAAUAAUGCAAAAGAUGCUAACAUUAUGCCUCUAGCUUCAAUGAGUACUGGUGAUAUAAAAAAUUGUCUGACUACCACCAGUUUCGGUCCAGAAUCUGAGAGUAUGUCCAUCAAUGGUACGAAAACAACUGGGGCAGCACUUUUCAGAACCAGUGAUGCUAUUAUGAGGAAAUGCGGGAACAUUCCUUCGAAGAUUCAAUGCUCUUUCUGUCAGUCAGAUAAUGAUACAGAGGUUUCUGGGGAAAUGAUGCAUUACUUCAAUGGGAAGCCAGUAACCGCUGAUCAUAAUGGUGCCCUGAAUAUCAUACAUGCUCACAAAAACUGCACUGAAUGGGCUCCUGAUGUUUACUUUGAAGAUGAAGUUGCCAUCAAUCUUGUGGCUGAAGUGGGACGAAGCAAGAGAAUCAAAUGCAGUUGUUGCAGCAUCAAAGGGGCUGCUCUUGGAUGCUUUGACAGAAGUUGUCGCAAGAGUUUUCACUUCACUUGUGCUAAAUUGAUUCCAGAAUGCCGAUGGGACAUUGAGAACUUUGUGAUGCUCUGCCCACUUCAUUCAUCAUCAAAAUUGCCAAUUGAAGUUUCUGAACCCCAGAAGAAGUGCAGAAAAGGAACUGCUCCUAGGGAACCACAGACCCUAUCCAGAAGUAAUUAUGAAAGCACAGGUUUAAAGUGGAAGUGGCCUUCUGGUUCACCUUUCAAGUGGGUCCUCUGUUGCUCAGCCCUAACUAAUGAUGAGAAGGAAACCGUUUCAAAGUUUGCAAAGUUGGUUGGUGCCUCAGUCUUGAAGUCUUGGACACCCACAGUUACCCAUGUAAUUGCUUCAACUGAUGAGAAUGGAGCAAGCAGAAGAACUCUCAAGUUUUUAAUGGCCAUCAUUCAUGGAAAAUGGAUACUGAGUAUCAAUUGGAUCAAAGAUUGCAUGGAAGCCAUGGAACCAGUUGACGAAGAGAAAUACGAAAUCAAAGCUGAUGUGAAUGGAAUUAGAGAUGGUCCUCGAUUAGGAAGAGUGAGGGCCAUUAGUAAGAAACAGAAGCUCUUUGACAGCAUGAAGUUCUAUCUCAAUGGAGCCUUCACAGCUUCCUAUAAAGGCUAUCUACAAGAACUUAUCAAUGCAGCAGGUGGUGUGGUUCUACAAAGGAAACCAAUUUCAAGGGACAAGGAAAGGUUAUUAGAUGGUUCACAUUUGCAGGUGACCUACAUAAUUUACAGCAGUGAGAUAUCUGAUAUGCAUCAGAGCAACCGGGAAUCGGUAAUCUCUAGCAGGAGAGAUGAAGCACAGGUUCUUGCUGAUGCUACUGGAGCCAAAGUGGCAAGUAAUACAUGGAUCAUAGAUUCCAUUGCUGCCUGUGAACUGCAGAAGUUAAAUUAGCAAGGGUUGAAUAACUCUUAUAAAGUCUCUUCAUUUAGUAAUUAGUUCUGAUGGUUGUCAAUUUGUGAAUUUAUAUUGGAAAUCAUUUUUUUUUUUUAUGUUGGAAAAAUUGGAGGGUUCCGUAGCUUGCAUCUCAUUUUAAAAUUUAUAUGCAAUUUGUAGUUCAUUUUCCUUAAGAAAAAUGAAC